GUCGAGAUGCAGUCAGAAUUAUCUGAUAUAAGACUAAACAAUCAUCUAUCAGAAGAACUUCUCAUAAAAUUCUACAUGCUUUAUACCAAGAGGCAAUUUCUAAGUCCUAGAUUGACCAAGGCGAUAAUUUCAGGCUCCAUCACAUCAUUAAGGACCCCCACGUUGAGGCCGCAACAUCGAACCCUGCAUUUCAACCACAAAAGGCUACAAAUGGGCAAAACAAAGUCCAUCGUGCUUGAUGGCAGGACUGGAGAGGGCGGCGGUCAGCUCGUCAGGUUAGGCAUUGCUCUGGCUGCGCUCACUUCACAAUCUGUCGAGAUAACGAAUGUGCGAGGCAAUCGGCCACGCGGUGGAGGUGAGUCCACAGACUUACAGGCUGAGAAUAUCCAAGCCUCACUCUUACAGACGAAUCAUUACAACAAGAUUACAUGUACUAAAUACUCAUGUGGUCAGGCCUCAAGAACCAGCAUGUGGCGGCCAUUGAAUGGCUCGCCAAAGUCACCGAAGCUGACGUCGAAGGCCUCAGCGUCGGCUCCAAGACUGUGAGAUUCACGCCCACACGCCCCCCAACAGAGCUAUUCCAGCGAAACAUCUCCAUCAGGACCGAAUCAGGAGCCGCCAGCACAAUGCUAGUCCUUCAGGCAAUGUUGCCUUUUUUACUCUUUGCGAGUAGCGAUACAAAUGAGCCCAUCGUGGUGGAGCUGUCAGGUGGCACGAAUGUUGCCUUUUCUCCUAGCUACGAAUACUUCGACCAAGUAUUAGCGCCGACGCUGGAGGAGCGGUUUGGCAUACAUAUCGAACGACAGCUGAAAAGUCGUGGAUGGAGUUUGGGGCCGUUGUCUAGGGGGUCUAUUUGGCUCAGGUUACACCCGAUACCGAAGGGCGAGAAGCUCAAGUUUGUGCCUCCGCCGCCGUAUAGCUUUCCAGCCUCGUUUGAGGUUAGAAGUGUUGAUGUUAGCAUCAUCACGCCGAUGCACUCCCACGACAAGCUUCAAGAGACGAUAGCAGAGAAUAUUGGAGGGCUUUGGCCAGAUGCCGAAAUCAACAUCAAGUUCGUCGAAGAUUCAUCCAGCAACGCCCGCUGGUCGGUGCUCCUCGUGGCUCACUCGGCGGACGGCAUCCGCUGGGCCAAAGACGUCCUGACAUCUGCACCAAAGAACACCAAAGGAUACGAUCGCUUCAUCGCUCUUCUCUGCAAGAAAUUGUGCAAAGACUUAUACAAUGAGGUGUCUCUAGGCGGAGUGGUGGACGAGCAUCUCCAGGACCAGCUCAUCUGCUUCCAGGCGCUCUGCGACGGUCCAUCGUCUUUCCCUCGGGGCGACGAGCCCGCCAACGAGUCCCCAGACGGUCCGCUCGGCCCGCUGAUCGACGCAAUGGGUGAGCUGAAUGUCGGAGAGAGCAGCAGGAUGAGGAGGGAAAAGACAGCUGGGCCUUUUGGCCAUGGCUCGACGCACGCAAAGACGGCGCGAUGGGUCGUUGGCGAGCUUCUGCCCAAGGCCGAGUUUUACAACAAGGGCGACUUGGUGAAGGGCGUCGGCUUUUGCAUGCAGUGAGUCAUUCGGGACUGGCAAAUGCACGUCUAGCGCUGUCCGUAAGAAGUAAUGCGUCGUGACAUCAAAAUUUUAGUCUUUCUUCUCCUUGGGUGCUUUUGUUUGGCGGAGGUGAUGAAUACGUGUAAAUGAGACAUGCAUCUCUUUCGGUAGAUGAGCGUCGAAUCAUGUAUGGAGGAGAGAGGAUAAAUCGAGACAUUUGGAUCCAUG